GCUUCCUGGUUCCAGGACUGCGCGCAGAGAACCCAGGAUGGCUCGGGGCUGGAGUCCCGAGGCCCACCUGUGCUCCGAGCAGUUCUGCUCCGGGGCGGCUCGGCACUGCCGCGCCGCCAACGACGGGAGCCUGCAGUGGGAGGCCCGGCAGGGGCGCUCGGCGGCGUCCGGGGGCCUCGCGGAGACGGCGCCAGCCCCGCCGGCCCGCAGCGGGGGGCUUCCGGGGACGCUGGCGCCCGUGCAGCGGGGGCUGCAGGCCGUGUUCCUGCCCCGGGGCUUCCCUGACAGCGUCAGCCCGGACUACCUGCCUUACCAGUUCUGGGAUUCCGUGCAGGCGUUCGCUUCCAGCCUCUGCGGCUCCCUGGCCACGCACGCAGUCCUGAUUGGCUUAGGGGUGGGAAAUUCUCAAGCCUCCGUGUCGGCGGCCACCGCCACCUGGCUCAUCAAAGAUGCAAGUGGCAUGCUGGGGCACAUCAUCUUUGCGUGGUGGAAGGGGAGCAAACUGGACUGUAAUGCCAAACAGUGGAGGCUUUUUGCUGACAGCCUCAAUGAUGUCGCCAUGUUCCUUGAGAUUAUGGCUCCUAUAUUACCAGUGUGUUUCACCGUGACUAUCUGCACGAGCAAUCUGGCCAAGUGCAUUGUAAGUGUGACCGGGGGGGCCACGCGGGCUGCCCUGACCAUGCACCAGGCCCGGAGAAACAACAUGGCUGAUGUGUCUGCCAAGGAUAGCAGCCAGGAGACACUGGUCAACCUGGCGGGGCUCCUGGUCAGCCUCUUGCUGCUUCCCCUGGUGGCUGAUUCCCCAAGUUUCAGCCUCGGGUGCUUCUGCCUACUCACUGCCCUCCACAUCUAUGCCAACUACCGGGCUGUUCGAGCCAUUGUCAUGGAUACCCUGAACGAAGGCCGGCUCUGGCUGGUCCUGAAUCACUUCCUUGAGAAAGGAAAAGUACUUGACCUCACAACAGCCAAUCAGAUGGAGCCUUUGUGGACAGGUUUCUCGUCAUCUCUGUCCCUGUCCCUGGGAGUAUCCCUGCACAGCGUAGUGUCCAGUGUCUCUGACCUGAAGCAGCUGGUGACGGGACAUGAAGAAUCCUACCUCCUUCACUGGAACCAGUCAAAAAACCAGGUCCGGGUCGUUCUGAGCAAGGAGGCAGACCCGGAGACUGUCCUAAAGGCUGCCACCCAUGGGCUGAUGCUCAGAGCCCUGCAGGGGGCGGGGCGCCUCCCAAAGAAGCUGGAGAAACUGCGGCUCCGGCUCCGAGAACAGUCAGGUUCUGAGAAGGAUGCGUGGGUCAUCGUCAGGGAGACGCACGAGGUACUGGACGAGCUGUUCCCAGAAUUUCUGACAGGACUGCAGAACGCAGGGUGGAAUACGGAGAAGCACCAGCUCGAGGUGGAUGAGUGGAGGGCCACCUGGCCCCUGGCUCCAGAAAAGAAGAUCCUCUGAGCAGCCCGAACCCCGGGCCUCUGUCCGCGCGGGAGCAA